GUAGCCACCUGGUGCGUUUCCUCCACCUUGACGCUCAGGUACACGGAUUUGGUCGAAAACUUUACGAAACUGACAUUUUCUCGCGGAGUUCCUACGGGGGGACGUUCAGAAUGGAUUGAAAACAGACAUGUAUGGUCAAAGGUGGAGAAGACAACAUUAAUUCGGGAGUCGUUUGGUGGACGCACCGUGUACACUACCUUGGAGCCAGCAAGUCAUGUCUGCUGGCGGCACUGGCAGUCUCAGACGCAGCUCGGGGCCUGGUGGCUACAGGCAUGGGCCCAGCAGGAGCAGCAGCCAGAGGUCAUCGUAUGAGGAGCGCUGUGUGGACCCAGUUGAAGAGAGGCUCCCGAUGCCAGAGCCAAAGACAGUCCACAAAGCUCAACUGAAAGAUGCUAAUGGGAAGGAGUCCGAGACCAUUGGCUUCAUUCCUGGCUCGGCUGAUCCAUCCUCUGCCACACAAACAUGCAAUCCCUGUGCUUCUCCAAGGAACUGCAGGACCUUUAUCUGCAGUGUGCUCACCUGCGGCCUGUAUAGGGUGUGCCAGCGUUCCAUACUUGCUCCAUGCCUGGCGCCAAAUGAGAGCUCCACAGAUGAACCAGAGAAGGUCAGCCUCCAAGGUGUGAACCCAGGAGACAACAAAGAGGGGGACGCCGUAGACUUGUUUGAGGACGUCUGCAUCGCUGGAGUCAAAGUUGACAGUCCAAGCGAGUAUUUAGAAGUUGAAAGCAAACCUCAAUCAUACGUGCCUUCUUCCGGUGGUCGAACACAGCCCAGACAUCCGUCACUGCAUGAGUCCAUGAGGUUUGAUGACUGGGAGGAUGGCGAUGAGGACGUGGACUCACUGAUUGCAAAGAAGCUGCUGGAGCUGUACUCUGAAUAUCAGAUCGAGGAGUUGGCCAGGUGCACCUCUGACUCUGUUUUUCUGAGGAAGAGCAAGGACAUCAACCAGCUCAUCAACUCACUGGCAGAAGAACACAAAAUGGACGAGCAGGAGGCCGAGUGUCGGCUGGUGCGUGGCAUCAUCCGUAUCAGCACAAGGAAGAGUACAAAGAAGAGGCCGCCUGUCUCCAGGAGGGAGAGGACGCUGUCGGACAGUGGGAACGAGACCAUGCGAGAGAGCGAUUCCUUUUCAUUCAGCAACAACAAUGACUAUAAAUCAAAUCCAAACAUCCAAAUAUCUGAACUGACCUCCUCUGACAAGUGUGCCAGAGAUAUGUGGAGGAAUAAUGGAGGUCAUACUUCUAGUUCUCCAACAGCCUACUCACCCUCUCACACAGGAACCAACUCUUCAGGUGUCCCACUAAUUCGCACCUCUGUGAGAACAUGAUUCCUGCAACACACCGGCGAUGUAUGCUUGAAUUGUUUGUCGUGCUGUGUCCACAAGGUCACAUGUGGGACGUUGAAAGGCGACACUACUUGCACAGGAGUCUGUGGCUGAGCCAAGCUCUCUGGAGAGACAUGGCUUUGCUGUUUCUGAAGCUGAGCCGUGAAAAUGUGAAAAUUCACAUUGUCUGAAGGACAUCAGUGAACUCAGGGCUCUGUGUGUAGAUAUUUAUGGUUGAUCAAUAUUAUGUGUAUAUUUGAAGGAUUGCUUUAUUGCAAGCAGAUAUCACCAGCAGCUCUUGAUGACUCAUAGAUAUUGUAUCACGGUUAACCGUCCCCUUGUCCUUGAAGGAGAACUGAGUAAUGUUCAUGAAACCUGACCUGGUCAGAUUAUUUUGCUGUAAUGCAAAGACCAUUUAGUUCUGUAAAAAUAAAAUACAGAGGUUGUUUGGCA